GAGAGAAGCCCAGGGUACCACUAAUUGAGGGAGUGAGGAAGAGAGCAGCUCGCUUCUAACUGGACUGCACGUUGGCGACAGCGUCCUGAGCUGGUGACAGACCCACUCUGUGACUUUCAGCUAGAUUCAGCCACCAGAUCCCAGAAACAUGACCCUUGCUGCCUACAAAGAGAAGAUGAAGGAGCUUCCGCUGGUUUCCUUGUUCUGCUCCUGCUUCCUGGCCGAUCCCCUGAAUAAGUCUUCCUACAAAUAUGAAGGCUGGUGUGGGAGACAGUGUAGGAGGAAGGAUGAAAGCCAGCGGAAAGACAGUGCUGACUGGAGAGAAAGAAGAGCGCAGGCAGACACGGUGGACCUGAAUUGGUGCGUCAUUUCCGACAUGGAAGUCAUCGAGUUGAACAAAUGCACCUCGGGCCAGUCCUUCGAAGUCAUCCUGAAGCCACCCUCCUUUGAUGGGGUGCCCGAGUUCAACGCCUCCCUGCCCAGGCGGCGAGACCCAUCCCUGGAAGAGAUCCAGAAGAAACUAGAAGCGGCUGAGGAACGAAGGAAGUACCAGGAAGCGGAGCUCCUGAAACACCUAGCAGAGAAACGGGAGCAUGAGAGAGAGGUGAUCCAAAAAGCCAUUGAGGAAAACAACAACUUCAUCAAGAUGGCUAAGGAAAAACUGGCCCAGAAGAUGGAAUCCAAUAAGGAGAACCGAGAGGCCCACCUCGCCGCCAUGUUGGAACGGCUGCAAGAGAAGGAACCGCCUGCUGCGCGGUGACUCCCGGGACCUGAUCGGUGGCCUCGUCCCAUGGACAAGCACGCCGAGGAGGUGAGGAAAAACAAGGAGCUGAAGGAAGAGGCCUCCAGGUAAAGCCUAGAGGUCAAAGAACUUUCCAGGUCAGCCGGACAGCUCCAGCAGCUCCACGUUCCAGGCAGCCUCGCCCGCCGGCUGCACUCCCAGCACUGGGGUUUGGGGGGAGGGGGGUGGCCAAGGGGCGUUUCCUCUGCUUUUGGUGUUUGUACAUGUUAAGAAUUGACCAGUGAAGCCAUCCUAUUUGUUUCCGGGGAACAAUGAUGGGGUGGGAGAGGGGAGAGGAAAGAGUUUGGGAAAGGGAGAUGGAGAAGAACUCAAGGACGUUGCAACCCUGCCCAGCACAGAUCUGAUUUUCAUAUCUCUACCUGGACAUUGAGCCUCCAGGUACCGUGUUGAGGGGAGAUGAAAACCAGGGCAGUAGAACUUCAGGGUGAAGGACAGAGUCUUGGGUGGGGCAGCGGCUGCAGGGCGCACCAGAGAGCCCAGCCAGAGGGUGUGUGAGGACCAGAGGUGUUGCUUCCGCCCUGCAGCAGGUGGGAUGAGGUCUCUGUGUGUGUGUGUGAACCAUCAUUUUUUGAUCAUCAUGACCAAUGAAACAUUGACUCCAAGUGUCCAGUGCUUUAUUUCCCAAAUGUGUCCUUUGGGUAAUUGUUAAAAAGUUCUCAAAAUCUGGCUUUCAUCCAUCUGAUGGCAGAUGCCCCUUUGCUUCCUUAAUUUUGCCAUUCGAGCGUCUGGAGCUGGGGUGAGGUGGGUUGAAUCAUGCCAGCCUUUGGCAUAAUUGAAAGGUUUUCUCUUUUGUUUUUUAAAAUUCCCCCUGUGGGCUAAUCUUGAUUGGAUAGCAUGCACUAAACUGAUGAGAAAAGAAACUCAAUCUUCCUUUCAAUGAACUCACAUCCUAAUAUGGUCCCCAAGAUGCAUUGUAAGAAGGAAGUUGUCUUAGUCACAACCGUUCAGACUGCUAUAACAAAAUACCUUAGACUAGGUCAUUGAUAGCAGAAAUUGAUUGCUCACAGUUUUGGAGGCUGGAAAGUCCAAUGUCAAGGCACCAGCAGAUUCAGUGUCUGGUGAGGGCUUGCCAUCUGCUUUAAAGAUGAUGCCUUUUUGCUGCAUCCUCACAUGGCAUAAGGAAAGGGCAAAAGGGCUUCCUCAAGCCUCCUUAAGGCACUAAUCCCAUUCAUGAGGGUGGAGUCCUCAUGAUAUCACCUCUUAAGGCCCUAGCUCUUAAGUCUGUAGUGUCGGGAUUAGGGUUCAACCUGUGAAUUGGGGGAGCCAGCAACAUCCAGCAACAUGGAGGCCAUAGCAGAAGUCCUCCAUGCUUUGGGGGUUUGAGAUUCUAGGUAGAUUAGAAAAUGUGAGCAAGGAAAUAAACUGUUUGCUAGUAGAAGGCAAAGGAGGCAUCCAGACCCAGCAGUCUUGGACUCCAGGACACUGAACCAUGGCUGGAAAAGAAGCUCCUCUCCUCCCUUCCCCUGCAAACAUGAGUGCAGGGGCUGCCUAUGUUAACUGGAUCGCAGGGCCUCUUCCUACUCUGCUCUGCACACUGUGUAGUUUUGUACAGCUUUGCAAAUAAACCCUUUGGUAUAGCCUUUUUUUUUUCCUUCUCA